AUGCUCUUUGCAAAGAUCUUCACUCUUGGGCUUGUUGCUUUGGCUUCGGCAAUUCCUGUUCCCGUUAAGCGAGACUUCGCCGACAUCCAGGAUGGUUUCACGCAGAUCGACGCUACACUGACCUCAAUCAACACCAAGGUUGUCGCUUAUACUGGCAGCUUGGGCGAGAGCCUUUCGCUUUACUCUGAUAUUACGAACCUUCAAACCCUCAUCAAGGGUACUACUCAAGAUGUUAUCGAUAAUGGUGCCUUGACUGCCGAUCAAUCGGCCACUCUCAACACGGCGGGCGAGAGCACUGUCUCCAUUCUUGAAACCGUUCUCGCAAAUGUCAUUCUCAAGAUUGACGUGAUUAGAAAUAGUGGUUACUUCGAUCUGUUCUUCGAUCUCCUCGCUGGCGUCAAGGAGGAUGUUGAUGCGCUCUUCGCUGCUCUCGCCAAUGUUGUCGACCCCUCCUACGCCGAUCAAUUUACAACUCUACACCAGAGAGUCAAUGUGGCUUACCAGGCAGUUCUGGAUGCCGCUAACCCUCCGUCCAAGCUGUAA